AUGCCCAAACUCAACUUUAAGAGAGCUGUUACUCUUCUCUGGUCCACUUCCUAUGCUGUAGCACAAAACCCCUUCCCAGACACUACCACCUGCGACAAGACAUGCCAGGCCCGAGCCCUCAACGCAUCCUCUUGGAUCUCAGAGCAACAAUCUGACCCGACAUUCUCCUUCUACAAUACACCUCCGAACUUCUCAAGCGAAAUUUCCCCCGGUGUUGUUCUCAAGACAGAAGAUGUCACUGACCUGGAUAACUACGUCGUCCCCAGCGGUCUGACCAUGUCGCGAAUCAUCUACACCACCGAAGACCUUGAUGGAAAGGUCAUUCCCGCUUCUGCCUAUGUCCUCUGGCCUUAUUCUCCCUUUCCAACAGGUCCCGUCUCUACCAAGAAGGGCUUACCCAUGGUUGCUUGGGCUCAUGGGACGACUGGUACCUUCAAACCCUGCGCGCCUAGUACCUACAGAGCUUUGCAGUACCACUUUCAAGUUCCUUUCGCUCUGGCACUUCAGGGCAUUGCAGUUGUUGCGCCCGACUAUGCUGGUCUUGGUGUAUCUGAGUUGCCUAACGGAGAUGCCAUUCCUCAUUCCUGGAUCACAGCGCCGGCUCACGCGAAUGAUGUUGCUUUUGCUGUGACGGCAGCUAGAUCAGCAUUCCCGGAUCUUCUGAGUCCUGAGGGUCCUUUUGUCGCUAUGGGUCACUCGCAGGGUGGCGGAACGUCUUGGGCUUUCGCAGAAAGACAAGCCAAGAUACCUCUCAAAGGCUACAAAGGCACAGUCUCCAUAGCGCCUGUAACCCGAAUCCUCGAUGACUAUGCCUACUGGACUGAGAACUCGAUCGCAUCACCCGGUCUACUUGCACAAUCCGCAGUCAUUGACUCAAUUUCCAAGGUUUACCCUAAGUACAAUUACACAGGCUUCACACCUACAGGCUAUGAUCGCUGGCACAAUGUGGUUGCCAAGGUCAAAGGAUGCUUCCCUGUAUUGGCAUUGGUGACAAGGGAUCUCGCCCCUUCUGACAUCGUGAAGUCCGGCUGGUAUAAAGAUCCUACAGCUAAGAAGUGGGCGGAUCGAGUCGCUGUGGGACGGAAGCCUUUCGCUGGACCAUUACUCGUUAUUAAUGGUGCAGAUGACCAUGUCGUUCGUCCCGAGGGUAUUGAUGCAGCUGUCAAGGACACCUGCGAUUUGGUCAAGAAGGCUGGCAAUAAGGAAACCCUUGAACAUGCCACCUUUUCUGGUAUGGAUCACUUCUCUGCCAUUCAGGCUAGCCAAAUGAAGUGGAUGGACUGGAUCAAGAGUAGACUUUCUGGUGAGACUCUUGAGAAGGGUUGUUCUGGGGAACUUGUCGAGGGGCUGAGGACCAAUGACACUGUUCAUACACUGGGUCCGAACUUCUUCUUGUCGUACUUUGAUACGGCAGAGAGUUGGAAGUAUAGCCUCUGA